AUGGAUACACAAACCAAGAAACGGAAUUGUCAAGCUGAUGAAGCUCCCUCCAGAUAUGGAUUUGAUCGCCUGCCUCAAGAAGUUGUCCUUGACAUUGCUUCCAGGCUUCCCAUAACAUCUUUACUUCAAUUCACGUUUGAUCGAAAAUCGUGUUAUAACUUGUCUCAUGAUCCAGAGCUAGUGAAUUUGCACCUGUCCUGUGCAGUAAAGACCGAUCCUUGCAUUAUCUUUCACGAGCGUAGUCAACUCACCAGAUGGACAAGUAUUAGGAAAGUUGGUUACAAGAUUGAUUCAAGUUCACAAGCAAUUAUGUUAAAUGGAAAGAUGCAUUGGCUGACUCUAUUUGGAAUGUAUUACAGACAUUCUGAUAGGCUUAUCGUUUCGUUUGAUUUAGCAGAUGAGGUAUUUGGAGAGGUACCAAAGGUUGAUUUUGGUGUAAACCCAAGAAUUGUUCAGUUUCAACUAGCAGUUCUUGGAGGUUGUCUUGCUGUUGCUCUAAUUUCUCAUCGCUUUAAUGGGGGAGGAUUAGAAACUUGGGUAAUGAGAGAAUACAAUGUGAAAGAGUCUUGGGUAAAGGAGUUCAAAAUUGGAGCUUAUACACCAACAAAUUCUGUCCUACAAUAUGUGCAGCCAUUCGUGAAAGUUGUAUGCCUGUUGAAGAAUGGAAAACCUUUGCUCGAGUACAAAGGUGGAUAUCUGGUUUCAUAUGAUCCUCAAAAUGGUGUUUUUAGGACACUAAGGAUGAAUAUGAAAAAGGAUCUCAGGAAUUACUUUCCACUUGCUAUUCACCCCGAGAUGCUCACCUGGUGUGAAGUGAAUCUGUCUAUUUUUGCUUGGUAA